GGAUCGCCAGCCCCGUCCCGUCCUCAAGAUUGCGACCGCAUCCCUCUCUCAACCCCCAUUUCGUACGCAGAAAAUCGGUCACUACGCUCGACACUACGUUUCCAAUUCGAGUUUGAGAAGCAAUGGCGCUUCUUACCGUACGAGCGCUCGUCAACUACGAGGAGCAGGAAGCCGCCUUCGCCGAUUUCCUCCAGAACUUCAAGUCUUCCUCGACAGAAGCCGCCGAGCAGCUAGAAGGCCUCCGCAUCAACGGCGACGCCGACAGCGAGGAGUAUGACAUGGUCGAUGAUUCCGACGAUCCGGCGCCAGAUGGAUCACAGAGGCGCAACCGACCGUCUAAGGUCAAAUAUAUGCAGAUGCUGCAGGAAGUCGCAGAUCGCAUACGGACAGAGGUCCCAAUAGACCUGAACGACCUAGAUGCGUGGGAGAAAGCUACCUUGGACGACGAACAUCAGUAUAAGCUGAUCGAGUCCAUCGAGCGGAACGCUUACCACUACAUUGAGAUUUUCUCCCGAGCAGUGGACAAGGUCAUGCCGCAACCAUCGAGGGAACCAAACUUCAAAGACGAUGUCCUAGAUAUUAUCAUGACCCAGCGUUCGAAGCGCAAUGAGCGGAUGCAGGAGUUGCAAGGAGGCGAAGAGGGCGUCCAGCCUCCGCCAGAAAUGAUAUUCCCACCGGCCUUAACCCGACGAUACACUUUGAACUUCAAGCCUAGAAUACCGUCAGGCGCCAGUAGCCAGCGCAACAUGAAGGCCCUAGCCGUGCGGAACGUCCGAGGAGAGCACCUUGGCCAUCUCAUCACCGUUCGAGGUAUCGCAACGAGAGUAUCAGACGUCAAGCCUGCAGUGCAGGUCAACGCUUACUCUUGUGAUCGCUGCGGAUGUGAGAUCUUCCAGCCGGUUACCACCAAGCAGUUCACUCCCCUGGUUGAGUGUCCUUCGUCAGACUGCAAAAAGAACAACACCAAAGGCCAGCUGUUCUUGUCCACACGCGCUUCAAAGUUCCUGCCUUUUCAGGAAGUCAAGAUUCAGGAGAUGGCUGAUCAGGUACCUGUUGGCCAUAUUCCUCGGCAAUUGACUAUCCACUGCCACGGCCCUCUCGUGCGGCAAAUCAACCCUGGAGAUGUCAUCGAUGUCGCCGGAAUAUUCCUUCCUACCCCGUACACUGGCUUCAAAGCGAUCCGGGCUGGUCUGCUCACCGACACAUACCUGGAAGCCCAACAUGUCAUGCAACACAAGAAGGCGUACGACGACAUUGUCCUUGCACAGCCUACGCUCCGAAGAAUGAAUGAGCUUGAAAGGAGCGGUCAGCUGUAUGACUACCUGUCACGGUCCAUCGCCCCCGAGAUUUUCGGCCACGUCGAUGUUAAGAAGGCGCUUCUCCUGCAACUUAUUGGUGGUGUUACCAAGGAAGUUGGCGACGGUAUGCGAAUCCGUGGUGACAUCAACAUCUGUUUGAUGGGUGAUCCUGGUGUUGCCAAAUCCCAGCUCCUGAAGUACAUCACGAAGAUCGCCCCUCGCGGAGUGUACACCACGGGUCGUGGAAGUAGCGGCGUUGGUCUGACCGCAGCCGUUAUGCGUGACCCCGUUACAGACGAAAUGGUUCUUGAAGGUGGUGCGCUUGUGUUGGCUGACAAUGGCAUGUGCUGCAUCGAUGAAUUCGACAAGAUGGACGAUGGCGACCGAACCGCUAUCCACGAAGUCAUGGAGCAGCAGACUAUCUCGAUCAGCAAGGCCGGGAUUACCACGACUUUGAACGCGCGCACCUCGAUUCUCGCCGCCGCUAAUCCUUUGUACGGCCGCUACAACCCUCGCAUCUCCCCCGUCGAAAACAUCAACCUUCCGGCUGCGCUACUAUCCCGUUUUGAUGUUCUUUUCCUCAUUCUCGAUACCCCUUCCCGCGAUUCAGACGAGGAGCUGGCUCGUCACGUCACUCACGUCCACAUGCAUAACACUCACCCUGAGGCACCAGGAGGCGUUGUUUUCAGCCCACCCGAAGUACGACAAUGGGUUGCUCGCGCUCGCUCUUUCCGGCCAACCGUACCCCAGGAGGUUUCGGACUAUAUGGUCGGCGCAUACGUCCGAAUGCGGCAGCAGCAGAAACGGGACGAGGGCUCCAAGAAGGCAUUCACCCACACCUCCCCGCGUACGCUGCUUGGUGUCCUCCGUCUUUCACAGGCGUUGGCACGUCUGCGAUUCGCUCAUGAAGUUAUUACCGAGGAUGUGGAUGAGGCAUUGAGGCUCGUCGAAGUCAGCAAGGCUAGCUUGUAUGCCGACGAGAACCGUAGGGAUGACCAUACCCCGAGCAGCAAGAUCUACCACCUUAUCAAGACCAUGGAAGCCAGCGGUGCGGCUGCUGUCGGCGAUGGAACGCGGGGUGAGCUGGACCUUCGUAGGGUCAGGGAGAGGGUGUUGGCCAAGGGCUUCACGGCGGAUCAGUUCGAGCAGGCGAUUGAUGAGUACGCCAUGUUGGACGUCUGGCAAACCACAGGUGAAGGGACAAGACUUGUCUUUAUUGAGGCUGGUAAUGAGGACCAGGAUAUGGACGACGAGGACUUCUAAGGCACGAGCCUGUAAUGACGGGAGUGAGGAGUUAUGGUGGCUCAUGACAUGGCGCGUUCUGGCGUUGAGUUUCGUCCGGGUUGGAUACACGUCUUGAUCCUGGAUAGAGUCGAGCUGCGUUUUGGUUCACACAGCACUUGGAAUGAUGAAUCGAAACCCGCACACUUCUU